AUGGAAUUGCUCUCACCCUUCGGCAAACCUCAGGAUCCUUGUUUUGGGUGGUGUUUAGAAGAUCAGUUGUGCACAGAAACUCCAGCAGGAUUUGAGUGUAAGGAAAUAUUGGAACCUCCUACCACUCCUGCUACAACACACACGACCCGAAAACAAACAACUCAGUCAGAACCGGAAACCACGCUAGAGCCUACCACUUUUGAUUAUCCUACAACUGCAAAAACAACAACCCACAGAAUAAUUUCUCCAGUAGAGCCGGAAACGACUCAGAAGCAUACCACUUCUAAAUCUUCUGCCACUCCAAAACCAACAACUCCAGAACAAACUACCCCAAAAGAGCCGGAAACAACGCAAGAGGCUACCACUCCUGAUUUUCCCACCACGCCAAAACAAACAACUCCAGAACAAAUUACUCUAACUGAGCCGGAAACAACGCAAGAGGUUACCACUCCUGAUUUUCCCACCACGCCAAAACAAACAACUGUAGAACAAAUUACUCUAACAGAGCCGGAAACAACACAGGAGCCUACCACUUCGGAUUAUCCUACCACUUCAAAACAAACAACCCCUGACCAAACUACUCCAACAGAGCCGGAAAAGACUCAGAAGCCUACCACUUUUGAUACUCCUACCACUCCAAAACCAACAACUCCAGAGGAAGAGCCUGAAACAACUCAGGAGCCUACAACUUUUAAUUAUCCUACAACUGCAAAAACAACAACCCACAGAAUAAUUUCUCCAGUAGAGCAGGAAACAACACAGGAGCCUACCACUUCCGUUUAUCGUACCACUUCAAAACCGACAACUCCGGAACAAACUACUCUAACAGAGCAUACCACUCCUGAUACUCCUACCACUCCAAAACCAACAACUCCAGAAGAAACUACUCCAACAGAGCCGGAAACAACUAAGGAGCCUACUACUUCCGAUUAUCCUACCACUCCAAAACUAACAACACCUGAACAAACUACUCUAACAGAGCCGGAAACAACACAGGAGCCCACCACUCUGAAACAAAUAACCCUCGAACAAACUACUCCAAAAGAGCCGGAAACAACACAGGAGCCAACAACUCUGAAACAAAUAACCAAAGAAAAAACAACCCCAGCCCAAACUACUCCAAGAGACGCGGAAACAACUCAUAAGCCAACCACUCUGAAACAAACAACCUCUGAACAGACUACUCCAACAGAGCCGGAUACAACACAGGAGCCCACCACUCUGAAACAAACAACCCCUGAACAAACUACUCCAACAGAGCCGGAAACAACACAGGAGCCCAUCACUCUGAAACAAACAACCCCUGAACAAACUACUCCAACAGAGCCUGAAACAACACAGAAGCCCACCACUCUGAAACACACAACCCCUGAACAAACUACUCCAACAGAGCGGGAAACAACACAGGAGCCCACCAGUCUGAAACAAACAACCCCUGAACAAACUACUCCAACAGAGCCGGAAACAACACAGGAGCCCACCACUCUGAAACAAACAACCCCUGAACAGACUACUCCAACAGAGCCGGAUACAACACCGGAUCCCACCACUCUGAAACAAACAACCCCUGAACAAACUACUCCAACAGAGCCGAAAACAACACAGGAGCCCAUCACUCUGAAACAAACAACCCCUGAACAAACUACUCCAACGGAGCCGGAAACAACACCGGAUCCCACCACUCUGAAACAAACAACCCCAGACCAAACCACUCCAACAGAGCGGGAAACAACACAGGAGCCCACCACUCUGAAACUAACAACCCCUGAACAAACUACUCCAACAGAGCCGGAAACAACACAGGAGCCCACCACUCUGAAACACACAACCCCUGAACAAACUACUCCAACAGAGCCGGAUACAACACCGGAUCCCACCACUCUGAAACAAACAACCCCUGAACAAACCACUCCAACAGAGCCGGAAACAACACAGGAGCCCACCACUCUGAAACAAACAACCCCUAUACAAACUGCUCCAACAGAGCCGGAAACAACACAGGAGCCCACCACUCUGAAACAAACAACCCCUGAACAAACUACUCGAACAGAGCCGGAAACAACACAGGAGCCCACCACUCUGAAACUAACAACCCCUGAAAAAACUACUCCAACAGAGCCGGAAACAACACAGGAGCCCACCACUCUGAAACACACAACCCCUGAACAAACUCCUCCAACAGAGCCGGAAACAACACCGGAUCCCACCACUCUGAAACAAACAACCCCAGAUCAAACUACUCCAACAGAGCGGGAAACAACACAGGAGCCCACCACUCUAAAACAAACAACCCCUAAACAAACUACUCCAACAGUGCCGGAAACAACACAGGAGCCCACCACACUGAAACAAACAACCCCUGAACAAACCACUCCAACAGAGCGGGGAACAACACAUGAGCCCAUCACUCUGAAACAAACAACCCCUGAACAAACUACUCCAACAGAGCCGGAAACAACACAGGAGCCCACCACUCUGAAACAAACAACCCUGAACAGACUACUCCAACAGAGCAGGACACAACACAGGAGCCCACCACUCUGA